UUUCUUUCUUUCUUUCUUUCUUCUUCUUCUUCUUCUUCUUCUUCUUUUUCGUUUUAUUAUUAUUAUUAUUAUUAUUAUUUAUCCCUUCUCUUUUCUUUUUUUUUUGUUUCUUUUUUGCUAUCAUACCCAGUUUAUACCCUCCAGCAUUUACAAUGAAAGACGGAUUUCGUCGGUUUGAAAUAGAACCUUUGGAAGAUACUCUUGAGUUUAUGGGACCAGCACAAUCUUCAGAAACAGUGAAAUUAUUGGAAGGAAAUGUUAAACUUUCACUUACAAGACCAACCAAGAUUCGAAGUAUGUCAGUAAAAUUCAAAGGGUUUGCGCGUGUCAACAUUAAAGGCAAAUAUACCAAUAUUGUUGUCCUUACACCUAUGUUACCAAAACUCAAAUGUCCUAUUGGAGGCAAGACAUUAUUACCAGCUGGAGAUCAUGUUAUACCUUGGGAUAUUGAAAUACCAAAUAUUUAUCCACCUUCUCUUUUGAUUAAAAGAGCAACUAUUUUUUAUAGGGUAGAAGUGGUUAUUUCUUUUGCUUUGGCCAAAUCCAUCACUGCUGAACAUCCUAUUACUCUACGUAGACAUUUAUUACCUUGUAUGGAAUUGGCUCCUUUGGUUGAAACAAAGUUAUAUGAACGUACUGUACCUGCGAAAUUCCAUUAUGAAAUUGAAGCUCCUCAAAUCAUUUGCUUGGAUCAGCUUUUACUUCCUUUUGCUGUGAAAUAUUUGUGUAUCGCCAAUCAAAAAGCAGUUCAAAGUAUUCGGACACAGUUGACUCAAAUUGAACUAUAUAGAAUUCAGUCAGUCUCCAAAACAGAUGCAAAUCUUACUCAAGUACCUAUGGAUAUUUACAAUUUAGAAAAGAAAAUGCUAGAAUGUAAGGAACGUCGGGAUUACGCCAAAUUUGUCAAACGUACUAUUCCAGCUUUGAUACAUUCUGUUGACCAAACUCGAUCUUCAGCUUGGAAACAACCUAUUGUAUUACGACACAAACUACAUCAAUUUUUACACUCAACAUACGAUUCUCCUUUAGUAUCCAUACAUCAUCAACUUGAAAUUACUUUCCAAUUCGAUCAUCGCUUUGAAGAUAUCAAGGCAAAAAUACCCAUCAUUAUUGCAUCCAUUCCAUCAUCAGCAAAACCAUCAGCAUCAACUCAAUCUGCAAAGGCCUCAUCAUCUCAACAACUUACACAACAUCCAUUUUUGUCCUCUGUCUCUAGUUCCGAUUCAAAAUAUCCUUUUGAAACCAUCACUCGAUUUGAAAGUUUAUCUGUAGUUCCCGAACAAAAUGAUCGGUCAGUUCCGCGUGCAUCCGAAGAUUCAAAUUCUCAUCGUGGUAUUCAAAGUGUGGUAGUGGAUCCUGCUAUUUCUGGUCCUCUUAAUAGUUCUUUGUCACCUCAACAUAUCCGUCAUCAGCCGCAAAAACAACAACAACAAUCACAGCAACAAGGACAUCUUCAACGGCUUGCUUUACAACAAAAAUCAUCAAAUACUUCAACAAAUGAUCAACCUAUUUGGGAAUCAGCUUUGCCUUUACCUCCUCCUGGAUCAACAAUGAAAAAUACAACUAAAGCAAAUGCUAGUAUUUUAGAUAUUGGAAGAGCAUCGGAAGAUGUCAACGCUUAUCGAUAUCAUCAACAAUCAAUGGCAUACAAUAAGAACAACAACUAUAACAAUACUGAUCUGUCUUCAGUAUAUCCCAACCAACAAAAGAAAACGGUGAAACGACACAAUUCAGCUCAAGAUUUGAAUGAUUACACUUUAUCAUUACCUAUGUUACCUGAAGAACGACCUAGGACAACAACCCCUAUGCAACGGCGACGGAAUGAUCUAAAUGGUAUAAACAAUCAUCGGCGAAGAAGACCCUUACCUCCUAUCGAUGUGGAAUUGGCUAAUGGAAUCAAACCAAAAUCAUUACCCCGUUUGGCUGAUCCUUCAACUCAAAAAACCAAUUCAAGCUCGGAAGUAUUACCUGAAGCAGAUCGUAGUAUUUUGCAUUCAUUAUCCAAUCAAGAUAUUGUAUUAGCUAGCAACAAAGACAAUGAUUCUAGUGAAGACAAUGAAUUUGACUUCCAAUCUGUCUAUUCUGAUUUAUCAUUAGCAAGUCCCGAAGCACCUAGUCUCAGCUCAUCCGCUACUGAAGCAUCCAAUGGAAGUCAUCAUACCUUACUAACACGUCCUCCUUCACCAGCAUAUCGACCAGCACCAGGAUUACCAGCAAACACAGCUCUACGUUCACAUGAAGAACAAUCAUCUGCACUUGUGGAAGAAUCAUUCUCAUAUAAUACAAUCACAUCACCGGCCAUUGCAACGGUUGCCUCUUCCGUUCUUUUAUCACCAUGUAGUAGCAAUGCUUCCAUCACCACGACAUCAAGUACAGCACGACGUAGAAUUGCCCUUUCUUCGGUUUCAUCGAUUAUGAAUGGUAGUGAUGCCUUGUCCUUUCGAUCUUUUGGAGGUCCAUUUAAUCAACAAAAUCGUAGUUCUAAUGGCAGCAGUAUCGUACCACCGAUCCCAUCAUCUGCAUCAACAACAAGUAAUACCAAACACAGCUUUCCUUCAGCAUUACGAGAUUCAUCUGUUUUAGAACCUGAAGAUCAUGAUGUUUUAUCAGUAAAAGUCGACAACAGCAACGAUGACCAACAACCAACAGUAGACGCAAAGCAUCACUAUUUACAUGCCAAACUUCCACCUAUACCUACUACCGCAACAGCAACAGCUUCUAGAUCCACAUCACCACAGCCACCACCAGGAACGGUUAUACCAAGAACUAAAAAAGCAACGACAAAUGAUGAUUCUUCUGUCACUACGGAGUAUAAAGCACUAAACGAAACAAAACGCAUGACUCGACUUUAUGUGGAUGAUAGUGAUGAUGAAACGUUGGACCCUUUACCACCUAUACCAGAAAAACAAGCUUGGAAAAGAGAAUCAAAAACUGUAGUCAAUGACAAUCUGAUACCAUCAUCAACAUCCUCAUCUCCUUCAACAUCAAAAAGCAGCAGUAGUUUACAUCAGUGGGCCACCUCUUUAUUGAAUAAUGCUACAGCACCUCCUCCUCAAUUACCACGAUUAUCCUUUGGUAUGGCUUUAGGUGACGCUUUGGGUUUAGAUCAGUUUAAACGAAAAUAAAAAAAAACAACUGCAUACAUCUAUUUAGAUUUUAUUCUUGUUACCAUGUGUUUUUUGUUUAUUAGUGUUUGUUUUAUUAGUCUGUCUUGAUUAGUCCUUUUUGUAUUUUAUCUGUAAAUGGAUGUGUUGAAGGUGUUAGAACCAAUCAAUAAAAUAAAACACGUGUAUGACCCUACAUGAUGGAUAAGAAUAGAUUAAACGUGGAGUCUGUAGUGGCGGCAAUGAAUGAAUG